AUGCGAUCUUCCAAUCUGCUAUUACAUCUAUUACAUCAUCUAUUACAAGUAUUCCUAUCUCUUCUCUUUCUUCCCUCCGCCACUCCUUUCUCCAUUGGAAACAACAAUCAUGCACCACCAACGUUUCAAAUUGAACGCGUCACUACUAUAGAGCAAGUGCUAGAUGUGUUGUCCUUUCGGGCCCAGAGUAUUCGACACGGAUGCGAUGCCAUUGACGAUGAUGAGUCUAACGUCCUUUUCCGGCAAAAGAUUCGUGAUCGCAUGCCACAAAGUAUACAACGAUUUGAAGUGGGCGGAGGCACGCUCAUUCAAUUCUUGGCUCGGAUGAUGAGUAGCAAUACUAGUAAUAAUGGUGUAGUAGUAGUGGGAGCCGUGGAUGUCAGAUAUUGUCAUCCAGAAGGAGCGUUACCGUCUCGCGUCCAUCUCAAGAACUUGAAGGUUCGACAUGGGUAUCGUCGAAAAGGGAUUGGGACGGCUCUACUAAAAGCCGUGGAAGAUAUGGGUCGGACAGAAUUGGAUGCCCAAGCUGUCACGUUGAUUGUGGAACGAAAACAGAAUCCAACCGCCGUGAGAUUGUAUGAAAGAGUGGGGUUUGUCUUGCAAGAGGACAUCCAGGAGGGGUUCAUGAUUCAAAGUUUUAUAGAGGAGAUAUCGUACAGACAGAUUGAGAAGGAAUGA